AUGUACUCCAACCACUCGUUGCCCCUCCCGGUUCCGAACUGUGACUUCUGGUAUUUUGAUGAUGUGACGGUGUGCGCGAGACACUACUACCUUGACGCCGGGAUUCCUCUCGUUAUCGGGUCUAUUUCCCUCUUCCUUCUCCUCCUUUCCGCCUUUUCCGCCCGCUCCAAGUCCGUUGCCUUACCGGAGUCCGAAAACGAGCCCUUGUUGGCCACCUCUGCUUCGUACGGUACCAUCAGCCACGCCCAUUCCAUCGAGGAAAUUAAGGCCCGCCACUUUGACAUUGCCAGAAUCUCCAGCCUCGGCGCUGACGGUAAGGUGCACGGUGAAGCCGUUCCUGUAUACCGAGACACCAUGGACCGCCUCCGAGUGGUGCUCGAGGAAGUCUUGCUUAUCUUGCAGGUGGGUAUUUCCCUCGCCUGCUUCUUUGUUGAAGAAUUGCGCCAAGAAUGGCCCUCCACCGCGAUUCUCUACGCCAAGCUCGCUUUCUGGGUGUACUUGUGUACCCUCUGCACUGUCCGUAUCACCGCAUGGAACCGCGGCUUGCCAAAUUUAUGGGUGCACUCCACCACCUUGUACCUUACGAACUGGGUGCCAGCGUUCCUUGCCUUUAGAUCCGCGUACAUCCACAUCCAGAACCCAACCGUGUACCACUACUACACCGCUGAGUUUGCCAUUUCCUCGGUCCUCGUUUUCUUGAACUACACGGCCAAGGUUGGCGAUAGGCCGGCCAUUCUCUACGUCACCGACAAGGACAUCAAGCCAUCUCCGGAAAACGUCUCCUCCAUUUUCUCUCUCUCCACCUACUCUUGGGUGGACAGCAUGAUUAGCAAGGCCUACAAAGAGCCAUUGGUGAAGAACGACGUCUGGGGUUUGCGCGAAGAUGACUACGCCGCGCACAUCUUAAAGAGCUUUGAGGCCUACAAGACCACCCGUGGCUUCACCUUCAAGUUGGUUUCCCACUUCAAGUGGUUGUUUGCGGUCCAGGCGUUCUGGGCCGUCGUGGACUCGGUGCUCGUCUUCAUGCCUUCCUUGUUGUUGAAGAAGAUCUUGGAGUACGUUGACAAGCCUGAGCAAAGCUCCGCCCUGCUUGCGUGGUUCUUUGUGUUCUUGAUGCCAACGGUUAAAAUCAUCGACUCCGUGGCCUCGGGGCAGUCUUUGUUCUGCGGCAGAAGGGUCUGUGUUCGUAUGAGAGCCGUCAUCAUCGGUGAAGUCUACGCCAAGGCUUUGAGGAGACGUGUCACCACUGCCGAAACGACUGAGGACGAAAAGGCUAGUGAUUCGUCCGACGAAUCUGUCACAGACAAGGACGAAAAGAAGAAGGGCAGUGCGGAUCUCGGGGCGAUCAUCAACUUGAUGUCGAUCGAUGCCUUCAAGGUGUCGGAAUUCUGUGGCUACUUGCACUACUUUGUUAGUUCCGUGUUGAUGCUUGUGCUUUCUAUCUACUUCUUAUUUAACCUCCUUGGGUGGUCAGCCCUUGUGGGCUCCUUUGGGAUCAUCUUCCUCCUUCCUGUCAACUACAAGAUUGCCUCCACCGUCUCCAAGUUGCAAAAGGACAUGUUGGCCAUCACCGAUAAGCGUAUUCAGAAGAUCAAUGAAACGCUCCAGAGCAUUCGUAUAAUCAAGUUUUUUGCCUGGGAACACAAGUUUGCGGAAGCGAUUGAAGCCAUCAGACACGACGAGAUGUACCUUUUGAAAUGGAGAUCGAUUGUUUGGUCCAUUGGUGGUUUCUCGUGGUUCCUCACCCCAACCUUGGUGACCUUUAUCUCCUUCUACUGCUACACCAUUGUUGCGGGUGAAACCCUCACUGCCCCAAUUGCCUUUACCGCAUUGUCCUUGUUCAACUUGUUGAGAAACCCGUUGGACCAGCUUGCCGAUGUCGUCUCCUUCCUCGUUCAGUCCAAGGUGUCUCUUGACCGUGUGGGUGAGUUCCUCGACGAGAUUGAAACUGACAAGUACGAACAGUUGCUCUGCGAAAGGGGCCCUAACUCCCCCGAGAUUGGCUUCGAGAAUGCCAACUUUUCCUGGGACUCCGACUCGGCCAAUGACUUCAAGUUGCGUGACCUCUCGAUUGACUUCAAGGUGGGCAAAUUGAACGUGAUCAUCGGUCCUACCGGUUCCGGUAAGACUUCCUUGUUGAUGGCUAUGCUUGGUGAAAUGGAAUUGACCUCCGGUAAGGUGUUCCUCCCGGGUGUCUUGCCAAGAGAUGAGCUCGUUGCCGACCCCGUUACCGGGUUCACCGAAUCGGUCGCUUAUUGUUCACAGGCUGCUUGGUUGCUCAACGACACCAUCAGAAACAACAUCACCUUUGACGCUCCGUUUGAAGAGUCCCACUAUAACGCUGUUGUUGAUGCGUGUGGGUUGUCGCGCGACUUUGAGAUCCUCGAGGCGGGUGACGAAACGGAGAUUGGUGAAAAGGGUAUCACGUUGUCGGGUGGCCAGAAGCAGAGAGUCUCUCUCGCGAGGGCGUUGUACUCGAGCUCGAGAACGAUCUUGUUGGAUGACUGCUUGAGUGCUGUGGAUUCUCACACCGCUUUGUGGAUCUACGAGAACUGUAUCACCGGGCCCUUGAUGGAGAACAGAACCUGUGUUUUGGUCUCGCACAACGUCGCCUUGACCGUCCAGCAGGCCGCAUGGAUCGUGGUGAUGGAAAACGGGCGUAUUAAAGCCCAGGACACCCCAGAUCAGUUGCUUGGCGUUGGUGUGUUGGGCGAUGAUGACUUGGUCAGAUCCAGUGUGAUCAACUCUCGCUCUCAGUCCACCGUCAAUUUGAAGGACUUGAAGAACAAGAAGGAAAAAAACGACAACAUGAAAGACAAGGCUGCCAAGAUCGAUGCCAAGUUGAAGAAGCUUGCCUCCGAUAAUGCCACCACCGACGACACUCCAAUCAACGUGUCCAAGAAGAAGAAGGGUAAGUUGGUGGAGGAGGAGUCCAAGAGUGAUGGUGUGGUUUCCCUCAAAGUCUACUCCGGGUACGCCAAGAUCUUCGGUGGAUGGCCAACCUGGACCUUCCUCUUGUCGCUUUUUAUUAUCACCCAGUUGAUCUAUAUGUACCAGUCCUGGUGGUUGCGCAAGUGGUCGAUCACCUCUGAGUUCCAAGCUUCCACAAGCAUGGUUUCCAUCGCCUCGUUUGUCCGUACCGUCACCUCCAUCCCGCAGGUCAUUGCCAGUGGGUAUGAAACUGUGGUUAUCAAGGACGCACACGGCCCCUUGUACUAUAUCAUUAUCUACUCCAUCAUUGGGUUUGUGUACGCGCUUUCCAGUACGAUCAGAAUCUUGGUGUGCUUCUUUGGUGGUAUCAGAGCCUCCAACCGUAUCUUCAAGCGUGUCUUGUACACCGUUUUGCGUGCGAGAUUGAGAUUCUUCGAUGCCACCCCAAUCGGCCGUAUCAUGAAUCGUUUCUCCAAGGAUAUUGAGUCGGUGGACCAGGAAUUAACCCCAUGCGCCGAGGGGAUUGUCAUGACCUUCAUACAGUGUCUCUUCACACUUGCACUCAUCUCCGUUAUCACUCCGCAGUUCUUGCUUCUCGCCUUCUUGAUCGUCGGUGCGUACUCGGCCGUGGGUAUUUUCUACGUCAACACCUCCAGAGAGUUGAAGAGAUUCGAUUCUAUCACCAAGUCACCUAUCCACCAGCACUUUUCCGAAACCUUGACCGGUGUGGCUACUAUUCGUGCCUACGGUGAUGAACGUCGGUUCAUGCAACAAAACUUGGAGCGCAUCGACCAGAAUUCCAGACCAUUCUUCUACUUGUGGGUUUCCAACAGAUGGUUGUCGUUCCGUGUCGAUGCCAUUGGGUGCAUGGUAAUGUUCUGUUCGGGUAUCUUUGUUUUAUGGAGUAUCGACCGUAUCGACGCCGGUCUUGCCGGCUUGUCUCUUUCAUAUGCUAUUGCCUUCAGUGAUUCGGCAUUGUGGAUCGUGCGUCUCUACGCCAUUGUGGAAAUGAACAUGAACUCUGUGGAGAGAUUGCAGGAGUACUUGGAGAUCGAGCAGGAACCAGCUGAGCGCAUUCCGGAGAACGCCCCACCUGCCAGAUGGCCAGAACACGGUGCGAUCUCUGUUAAGGACGUUUCCUUACGUUACGCCCCAGAGUUGCCGCGCGUGAUCAAGAACGUGACGUUCGACGUGCAGCCUAACGAAAAGGUGGGUAUCGUCGGCCGUACGGGUGCGGGUAAGUCCACCAUUAUCACCGCGUUCUUCCGCUUCUUGGACCCUGAAACCGGUUCCAUUGUGAUUGACGGUGUGGAUAUCACCAAGAUUGGAUUGCUUGACUUGCGUCAGGCCAUCACCAUCAUUCCGCAGGAUCCAACGUUGUUCACCGGUACCAUCAGAUCCAACUUAGACCCCUUCAACCAGUACACUGACCAGCACAUCUACCAGGCCUUGAGACGUGUCAACUUAAUGGGGCCAUCCGAAGUGCCUUCCGACGAGAUUAUCGUCACUGACAACGCUUCAGGCGAGAAUACCAACAAGUUCUUGAACUUGAACAACCCGGUCAGCGAGGGUGGUAGUAACUUGUCACAGGGGCAGAGGCAGUUGAUGUGUCUUGCGAGAUCAUUGUUGAAGUCGCCAAAGGUGAUUUUGUUGGACGAAGCGACCGCGUCGAUCGACUACCAGUCUGACGCCAAGAUCCAACAGACCAUCAGAGACGAAUUCUCCAACAGUACCAUUUUGACCAUUGCACACAGAUUGAGAUCGAUCAUCGAUUACGACAAGAUUUUGGUGAUGGACGCCGGGAGGGUGGUGGAGUAUGAUGAUCCGUACACGUUGAUUUCUAACCAGGAGUCGUUGUUCCACAGCAUGUGCGAGAACAGUGGAGAGAUUGAUGUGUUGGUGCAGUUGUCGAAAGAGUCGUUUGUGGCCAAGAAGAACAAGGUGUAG